UUUUUUCUGAUAUCUCCCCCAAUCACUCCCUCAUUUCCAACGGGGCAUUAAAGCCAUCGCCGGCAUCGCGCCGCGCCCCGUUCCAUUAGCUAUUCAUUUCAUUUAAUUUAAUCAUCAUCAUCAUCAUCAUCAUCAUAUAUGAUAAGAUCCGGCAUGAAGAUAGCAUGGCCGCCGAUGAUGUGCGCGGCCCUCCUCGUCCUCGUCCUCGGCGUGGUGGGUCAGGACGAAGACAUCCCCGCAUCGCCGCCGCCAGAGGUUGAGAAAUGCAACGGCAUCUUCCUGUCGUACACGUUCGAGGGGCGGGAGAAGGAAUACCCGCUGGUGAAGAACGUGACGGCGCAGGCCUGGGCUUUCAAGGCCACCGCCGCCAUCCUCAACGCCGGCUCGCAGGAGCUCAAGUCCUGGAAGAUGUUCGUUGGGUUCCAAUACGACGAGCUGCUGGUCUCCGUGGACGGAGCCGUGGUCGUCAACGGCGAGGGCUUCCCCAUCCGCGUCGGCAAGAAUGGGACCAUCCUCGCCGGAUACCCGCAAGCCGAUCUUAAGACCGCCAUCGAGACGGCCUCCGAUUACGGGCAGAUGCAAGUCAAGGUCGGCCUUAAAGGCACGCAGUUUGGGAUUGCCGGCAAGGCCACCCCCAUGCCCAAGUCUUUGAAGCUUCUCAAUGAAGGCUACAAAUGCCCCGCAGCCACGCGCAAAGGUGGGUACAUGCAUGUGUGCUGCAAAAAGGACCCGAAAUUCAAAGAGAAGAAGCCAAAGAGCAAGUACAGCCCGGUGACAUACGACGAUCUCCACUUCACGUACGACGUGCUGCGCGCCUACGAGAACAAAUAUCUCGCUCAGGUCACCAUAGACAACUUCCACCCGUUGGGGCGUCUGGACCAGUGGAACCUGACAUGGGAGUGGAUGAGGAACGAGUUCAUCUACGACAUGCGAGGCGCCUUCACCCACCGCAAGGACCCCUCCGAAUGCGUCUACGGCCCUCAAGGCCAAUACUACAAGGACUUCGAUUUCUCCACCGUCAUGAACUGCCAGAAGAAGCCCGUCAUCUCCGACCUCCCCCCGGAGCUCGAGAACGAUGACAAGGUCGGAAAACUCCCCUUCUGCUGCAAGGACGGCCUCCUCCUCCCCAAGACCAUGAACGAGACCAAGGCCCGGGCCAUCUUCCAGAUGGAGGUCUUCAAGCUCCCUCCCGACCUCAACCGAACCGCCAUCAACCCGCCCCAGAACUGGAAGAUCAUCGGCCGCCUCAACCCCAACUACAAAUGCGGGCCCCCCGUCCGGGUCGACCCCUCCGAGUUCCCGGACCCGCGUGGGAUCGACGCCACCACCUCCGCCAUCGCCAGCUGGCAGGUCAACUGCAACAUGAGCCGCCCCAAGCCCAAGCAGAACCGCUGCUGUGUCUCCUACUCCGCCUUCUACGCGGACGGCGCCGUCCCCUGCAACACCUGCGCGUGCGGCUGCGAGGACGAGCCCCCGCGCUGCGACCGCAACGCGGCGGCCCUGCCCAUCCCGCCCAGCAGCCUCCUGGUUCCCUUCCCGAACCGAACCGAGAAGGCGGUGGCGUUCGCGAAGAUCAACAAGCACCCCCUCCCGCGGAAGCUGCCCUGCCCGGACAACUGCGGCGUGAGCAUCAACUGGCACGUGGACUCCGACUACAAGACCGGGUGGACGGCGAGGAUGACGGUGUUCAACUGGGAGGAGGACGCCUUCGUGGACUGGUACUCCGCCAUCGAGAUGAAGCGGGCCUUCCCCGGCUUCGAGAAGUCCUACUCCUUCAACGGCAGCGUGCUCCACUCCUUGAACAACACUAUCUUCAUGCAGGGCCUGCCCGGCCUCAACUACCUCGUCGGGGAGGUCAACGGCACCCGCCCCGGAAGAGAUCCGCCCGUGCCCGGGAAGCAGCAGUCCGUCAUCUCCUUCUCCAAGAAACACAUUCACGGCUUGAAGAUCUCGCAUGGCGAUGGCUUCCCGACUAAGCUCUACUUCAAUGGGGAAGAAUGCGCGCUUCCUAGAGUAUUGCCUAAGGCCGCCGCCCCUUAUUCGUCGCCUGCGCCGCUGCUUACCUCGCUCUUGCUUGUGCUUCUCACUUCUCUUCUCCUUUUUAACUGAUCGCUUCCCCUAAUUACCAUGUCAUGUGCACUCGGAUUUUUAUUAUCUUAUGAAAUAUCUAAUUACAUGCCA